UUGCCAGUGGCCACAGGGGGGGUGGACCUGGAUGUGACCUUGCCAGGUGAAGGUGGGAAGGACAGGCUGUUUAAGGUCACCAUUAAGUUUGUGUCACUGGUCAGUUGGCACUUGCUGCAUGAGGUCCUCACUGGGAGGGGCACACCUGAUCCUCUGAACCUGGAUAAGCCAAUCAGCACAAAUCCCGUACAUGCUGUAGAUGUUGUUAUGCGCCAUCUGCCCUCUAUGAAGUACACCCCAGUGGGACGAUCCUUUUUCUCUUCCCCCGAGGGCUAUGAUCACCCACUGGGUGGGGGGAGGGAGGUGUGGUUUGGCUUCCACCAAUCAGUGCGUCCAGCUAUGUGGAAAAUGAUGUUGAACAUUGAUGUGUCUGCCACUGCAUUCUACAAAGCUCAAGCUGUGAUUCAGUUCAUGUGUGAGGUUCUGGAUAUCCACAACAUCGAUGAGCAACCUCGACCUCUAACUGAUUCCCAUAGAGUCAAAUUCACCAAAGAGAUCAAAGGUCUAAAGGUGGAGGUCACCCACUGUGGCACCAUGCGGAGGAAGUACAGGGUGUGUAAUGUUACCCGUCGACCAGCCAGCCACCAGACGUUUCCAUUACAGUUGGAAAAUGGACAGACUGUGGAGAGAACAGUGGCACAAUACUUCAGGGAAAAGUACAACUUACAGCUCAAGUAUCCCCAUCUGCCCUGCCUGCAAGUAGGGCAAGAGCAGAAGCACACAUAUCUGCCUUUAGAGGUGUGCAACAUUGUGGUAGGCCAGCGCUGCAUUAAAAAAUUAACAGACAACCAAACCUCCACCAUGAUCAAAGCCACGGCCCGCUCGGCACCGGACAGACAAGAGGAGAUCAGCAGACUGGUGCGCAGUGCCAACUACAACUCGGACCCCUUCGUGCAGGAGUUUCAGUUCCGUGUGCGGGAUGAGAUGGCGGAGGUGACUGGUCGUGUCCUGCCCGCCCCUAUGCUGCAGUACGGCGGCAGGAAUCGUACAGUAGCCACCCCAAGUCAUGGAGUGUGGGAUAUGAGAGGCAAGCAGUUUCAUACUGGUGUGGAGAUCAAGAUGUGGGCCAUUGCUUGCUUUGCCACUCAGAGACAAUGCAGAGAGGAAGUUCUCAAGGGCUUUACAGACCAGCUGCGGAAGAUCUCUAAGGAUGCAGGGAUGCCCAUACAGGGCCAGCCAUGUUUCUGCAAAUACGCUCAGGGAGCGGAUAAUGUGGAGCCCAUGUUCCGCCACCUGAAAAACACCUACGCUGGCCUCCAACUCAUCAUCGUCAUAUUGCCUGGGAAAACUCCUGUCUAUGCUGAAGUGAAACGUGUUGGAGACACUCUUCUGGGAAUGGCCACUCAGUGCGUUCAGGUGAAGAACGUGGUGAAAACCUCCCCUCAGACCCUCUCCAACCUCUGUCUCAAGAUCAACGUCAAACUGGGCGGCAUCAACAACAUACUGGUACCCCAUCAGCGCCCAUCUGUAUUCCAGCAGCCUGUCAUUUUUCUGGGAGCUGAUGUAACUCAUCCACCCGCAGGAGAUGGCAAGAAACCCUCCAUUGCAGCUGUGGUGGGCAGCAUGGACGCUCACCCCAGCAGGUACUGCGCUACCGUCCGUGUUCAGAGGCCCAGACAGGAGGUGAUUCAGGACCUGGCGUCCAUGGUGCGAGAGCUGCUCAUCCAGUUCUACAAGUCCACCCACUACAAACCCACCAGAAUCAUCUUCUACAGGGACGGUGUGUCUGAGGGACAGUUCAGACAGGUGCUGUACUACGAGUUGUUGGCCAUACGUGAAGCUUGCAUCAGCCUUGAGAAGGAUUAUCAACCAGGAAUUACCUACAUCGUUGUGCAGAAACGUCACCACACUCGUCUCUUCUGCGCUGACCCCACUGAGAGGGUGGGCCGCAGUGGUAACAUACCAGCAGGUACCACAGUGGACACUGAUAUCACCCAUCCUUACGAAUUUGACUUUUAUCUGUGCAGCCAUGCUGGAAUACAGGGUACAAGCCGACCGUCACACUACCAUGUGCUAUGGGACGACAACUGCUUUACAGCCGAUGAAUUCCAGCUCUUGACCUACCAGCUGUGCCACACAUAUGUGCGAUGUACCCGCUCCGUUUCCAUCCCUGCGCCUGCCUACUAUGCCCACCUAGUGGCCUUUAGAGCCCGCUACCAUUUAGUGGAUAAAGAGCACGACAGUGCGGAAGGCAGCCACGUGUCGGGCCAGAGUAAUGGCCGAGACCCCCAGAUCCUGGCCAAAGCUGUGCAGAUCCAUCACGACACUCUGAGGACCAUGUACUUUGCUUAGCCCCGCCUUCACAGACCUGUCAGUCGCUGGUCAUCGUGCACUUAGCGGAGGAGGGCUUCUCCCAAUC